ACAAGUCUGCUGCUGGCUUGGCGCACAGUUACACGACUCAACGCUCUCAGAUCAAUGGCAUGAACCUGCAACUCUGCCCUGGAAUAUUUUGAGCAAAAUCCCGUCUCGACUAGUCACACCAGGGAACAGCAAAGAGGAGCAUGAACUGUGAUCAUCAUACCUUUAACCAAAACAUCGACUUCUGUCCAAAGGCUUUACACUAUCCAGAGCACUAUGAUUAGUGAUGCUUCAAGUGCAGCAGAGUUCUAUGGGGACAGUGCCUCAGUGGUUUCUCAGGACUCCAGCGUGUUCUUCAGUGAACCCCCUCCACAAACUGACAAUCCUCUGGACUUCUUCAUCAUUAAUGUCGGAGGAAGCCGCUACAUUCUCUCUCAGGAGUUGCUGGCGUCUCACCCAGAAACACGCCUGGGCAAGCUGGCACUCUCCACGCGAGAUUCAGCUUUAGACCUAUGCGAUGAUGCAGACUUUCUGGAAAAUGAGUACUUCUUUGACCGCAAUUCCCAAACCUUCCAAUACAUCAUGAACUUUUACAAGACAGGCCAUCUGCAUGUUAGAGAGGAACUGUGUGUGUUCUCCUUCCUGCAAGAAAUUGAAUAUUGGGGUAUUGAUGAGCUUCGCAUAGACCACUGUUGCAGGGACAGGUACUAUCGCAAGAAGGAGAUGAAAGAAUCCAUAGAUGUCGAAAUUGACGUCGAAAUGAAUGCCGUGGAGGAUGAUUUCAACGGAGUACUGUGUGAGGACAUUCGUCGGCGUCUCUGGGACCUCAUGGAGAAGCCAGAUUCGUCCAAGGCAGCAAAAACUUAUGGGACGUUGUCUAUGUUCUUUGUGAUUGUGUCCAUUGUGAACAUGGCUCUGAUCUCUCUGGAUUUUACUAUCCUUGGCGCACCUGUCUUGGAUAUUCUUGAGUACAUCUGUAUUGUGUGGUUCACUGGGGAGCUGGUGCUCAGGUUUGUGUGUGUGAAGGACAAAUGCAAAUUUAGCAGGAGUGUGGUAAACAUCAUUGACCUGCUGGCCAUCCUGCCUUUCUAUAUCACCCUAGCAGUGGAGAAUCUGCAUGGCGGCUCAACAGAAUUGGAGAAUGUGGGACGGGUAGUGCAGGUCCUCCGACUGAUGCGGUUUCUCAGAAUGCUGAAACUUGGACGUCAUUCCACAGGUUUGAAGUCUUUGGGCAUGACGAUCGCACAGUGCUAUGAAGAAGUGGGCCUGCUGAUGCUCUUCCUCUCUGUAGGCAUUUCCAUCUUCGCCAUGGUAGAGUAUGCCAUUGAGCAUGACAUGCCUGAGACUACAUUCACUAAUGUGCCUUGCGCCUGGUGGUGGGCCACUACAUCCAUGACCACAGUGGGUUAUGGGGACAUCCGCCCAGAGACGGCCAUUGGCAAAGUCAUAGCUUUCAUCUGCAUUCUUUCAGGUAUCCUUGUCCUUGCCCUUCCCAUUGCCAUCAUCAAUGACCGCUUCUCGGUCUGCUACUUCACCCUGAAGAUGAAGGAGGUAGCGCUACGGCACAGUGAGGCACUGAAACGUCUGAAGCGCAACUCAACCUCAGAUGGGAUGCAGCCAGCUGUAGGGCUAAACCUGCGUGAUGCCUACGCUCGCAGUGUGCUAGAACUGCUCCGGCUAUAUGGCAGGGAGAGGACAAGUACACGCAGCAGUGCAGGAGAAGAUGUCUGGUGAUAGUGGGACACAACUUACUAAAGUGAAAGGUCUAAAAUGUUUGUUUAAAAUGUACUUACUAACUUCAACUUAUAUGUAAUAAAUCUAAUACAUUCUGCAUACAAAUGUGGCAUAGAUUGUUUUCAGUGCAUCCAGUGAUGUUGAGCAAGGAUCGAUAGUUCAUUUUAUUUUAUUUCACUUGUAAUAUUGUGUUUGAUCUCAGUGAGGCACAACCUCCAUUAAAGAGUCAGCUUUUUAAAUGCGCCCUCUUUUACGGGGACACACUCUUGAUAUUUAUAGAUUAGAGGCAGAUUGGUUUCUGCAAAUUGUUGGACAUACAGUGCAAAAUACUGAGACCGCUUUUUUCACAGUUUUUUUAUGAUUUGGAACAAUGAAGUGAAUGAAAAGUAGAAUCGCAAUUUCUUUCAGUAUUACAGAAGUUCUUAGAAUUUGGUACUCAUACAUACAAUAAAUAGCAUGUUUUCUUUUCUUGUAUCUUUUUUGUUUGCUUUGUAAUUUUCCUGCUCCACUUCAUGUUAUACAAUCCAGAUAUUUACUAUAAGACAGAUCAGAGGAUGCUGGAUGAACAGGCAGACUGCGCAGGUUGAGGUAUAAAUAGAAUGCAUUUGAAUGUGUUUGAUGCACAUAAGGGUUUAUCUAUUCCCUGGAUGGCUAGCUUCUACUUCAACCUGCCUUCUAAGCAGCACCAAAAAGAGAACAUUGACUAUAUAAUUAGAGGAUGCUGGUCAUCUGGAUUUGUACAUGCAUAUGCACGAAAGAAACAGCAAGACAGAAGAGACAAAAAAGGAAGAAAUAGUCCGAAAGGGAAGGAGAGAAGACCUCAAGGGGGACACAACAUGAUUCAAGCUGUUGUUCAAAAGGAUUUUCUCUUUGUCAGAUUAUUCCCGGUUCUCACACAAGGAACAGACCUGACCUAGCAGACUGUAAUCUAUGCUCCUGUCUUUUCCCUAUUAGAAAUUAAACAGACAUCUUUUUCUGUCACUGUAAAGAAUAACAAUUGAAUGCUGAUGCCACAAAUAAGAAGCACCAUUCGUUUUUUUAAAAGACAGCAAUGAGAAAAAGAACAGUAAACAAUUGAAUAUAAAUGGUGGGAAUCGAAGCAGGAGGCAAGACACAUACUUUAAUGGUCAUGGAGCAAGGAUUGAUAGAUUGCAGUAUUCCCAAGUCUUAAGUAUACAUCUUUAAAUCACUUAUACAUAUCUUGAGGCUAGCAGCUGUGCUGACAUCAUAGUGAAUAACGGCCGGAUGAAAAUGUCUUUGCGCUCUACCGUAUUUUAAAAAAUUUCCAUUUUGUCUGAAUGCAACAACA